AGCGUGUCUCAGACCAAAGUCACUCUAACUUGAUCAGGAGACCAAUUGAACAGGCAAAUCCUCAAUCUCUGAGCUCCCUGGCUUUUCUCUUUGGCUCCAAGUAAUAAAAUGUUCUCUAUUGCUCCCUUUAUUCAAACACACACCCAUCACCAGUUUCCAUAAUCUUUCCUCCUUUACAGCCCUGCAUUUGUUGAUUUGUGUGUUGUGUGGGCUCUUCCUUCUUGCCAUUUUCCCCCUUUACUUUCCCAAUCAGUUGUGUGGUGCAUGUACCAGCCUUCACAUCCCUCUGGUGCCAUCCCACUUUUUUUUUCAUGCAGGAGGUUAGCUGUUCUCACUGGAGAGAACUUUUUCACAAAGUAGCCAUGAGCUCUACAGGAGACAGUGCCCUAACUUAGGCCAGAUGAUUGGACCCCUUUGACAGGUGACUCUGAGAGCAGGACAUGUUCCCCUAGCACUGGAGGAUGGUAACUGGAGCUGAUUUCCCUCCAUAGAAAAAUUAUGGGCACCAAGUGGGUAAGUGGAGAGGAAGAAACAAUGUUAAUGAACACGAGAUAUAACUUAGUUACUGAACUAGAUGUUUUAAAGUUACUCUUUUAUUAGGGGGAAAUGACAGUAGUCUUCACUCUCCAGCUUGUCUGCUUACAAAUUUGUUGUUAUCUCAAAUCCCAAGUUCAUAGGACUCAGUCAAAUUCCCCUUUUACCCUAUAUUUCCAGUUUGUAAUAUGGUGCCUGAAAAACAGUUACUGCUUCCUAAAUGACAGAGUUAAUGAAUGAAUGAAUGCACACUAAGAACUAAAUGAUAGAAUUCCAAUUUGAAGAAUAAGUUUCCAAAUAUCAUGCACAUGUCUUCCCAGCAAUAGUGUCUUGUUUUACAAUUUCAGUCAUUUAUAAACUUAGUUCCUUAAGGUAUGAGGAGGAGCAGUGCCCACCUCAGGCACACAGGCCUUGUCCAUGCUACCUCUUAAAGAUUCCUCCACUCUCUUUUCAAGUGAGCACUUUGUAUGGUGAAGACAGAGAGAUUUCAAAUCUCAUUUUCAUCAAUUAGAUCAAAUUAGCCUGAACAAUCAUCUACCCUGCUUUCUUCUGCAUUCCCUGGGCACAGCCACCCAGAGCAGAAUAAUUUCACGAAGAUCUUACACUUUGAUUUGUUUCCCUUUGUCACUUCUUUUUAUUCCUCUCUUUGUGAUAAAGCACCCACCAUAAAGUCAAGUUCAAGUUCUCACAUUCAGGGAACACUUGUUACUGCCUUCCCAGAUACAUAGAACAAUUUCCUUUGUCUUUUCAUGAUCCUCUGUUUGUAGGAGAAUGUAUACCUUCUAAUUAGACUAUCAGUCUUUGAAGCAGAGAUUAUAUUCUAUUGACCUUUUAUGUUUGUUUUAUUUGCAUGUUCAAAGAAGAUGGAUGUGUGGAAUAUGCCAAAAUCUUUUUGUGCUCUCAGAAAGAAUAUUACAGGAAAUACUGUGUUUUCUUCUGUGAAUAAGAAGUGAUGUCUUUGGUGGUCUCUCCACACCUGACUACCUUAAACCACACUGGUGUUAGCCACAUGGUCUUCUACUUAUUGGGCAUCCCUGGCCUAGAGGACAAACACAUGUGGAUUUCCAUCCCCUUCUUCAUUUCCUACGUCAUCGCCCUGCUUGGGAAUAGCCUGCUCAUCUUUACUAUCAUCACAAAUAGCAGCCUCCAUGAGCCCAUGUACCUCUUCCUCUGCAUGCUGGCUGGAACAGACAUUGUCCUCUCCACUUGCACAGUACCUCAGGCCUUGGCCAUUUUUUGGUUCCAUGCUGGGGAGAUCUCCCUGAAUUGCUGCAUCACUCAGUUCUUCAUCAUCCACUGCACUUUUAUUUCUGAGUCAGGGAUCUUGCUGGUGAUGGCAUUUGAUCGCUACAUUGCUAUAUGCUAUCCACUGAGAUACACCACCAUUCUUACACAUACAUUGAUUGGGAAAAUUGGUGUUACCAUCUUCUUGAGAAGUUACUGUACAAUUUCCCCCAUAAUAUUUCUUUUGAAAAGGUUGACUUUCUGCCAAAAUAAUAUUAUUCCACAUACUUUUUGUGAACAUAUUGGUUUGGCCAAGUAUGCUUGUAAUGACAUUCGAGUGAACAUCUGGUAUGGACUUUUUGUAAUAAUGUCAACAGUGGUUUUAGAUGCUCUGUUAAUUUUUGUUUCUUAUGUGCUGAUUCUUCAUGCUGUCUUCCACAUGCCUUCCCAAGAUGCUCGUCAGAAAGCGCUCAGCACAUGUGGCUCCCACGUCUGCAUCAUCAUCCUCUUUUAUGGGCCUGCCAUCUUCACAACUCUUACUCAGCGGUUUGGACGUCACAUUCCUCCUCAUAUCCACAUCUUGUUGGCUAAUGUCUGCAUUCUGGUUCCUCCUAUGCUGAAUCCCAUCAUUUAUGGGAUCAAGACCAAGCAAAUUCAAGAGCAGGCAGUUCACAUGUUUUUCCCAAAGCAGAAAUAAUUUUGGAAGAGGAUCAGAGUUUUCAGCACUGGUAGCUGUUCAUGAUGUGGUAUAUGGAAGUGGUGGGUAGAAAUAUUAGUGGUAAACUGAAAGAGUAGGAAAUAACUCAGAAAUUGUGUUUCUGGAGCAAGUUCACCAAGAAUGUUAUAGGCUAUGCAUAUUCAGUUGUCAAUGCAAGAGGAAGGAAAGAAGCACAAGUGGGAGAGAGAGAGAGAGAGAAAGAAAGAGAGAAAGAAAGUUUGCCUGAACAACUUUCUACAGCUUUACUAGCCCCUCCUACUGUUUUUUUUCUCACUAAUUUAAAAAUGCUUCUAAGGACUUAUUUUAAGGACAAACCGUUUAAAAUUUCUAAAAUGCAUUUCCAUACCUAAUAUCUUCUUUUACUGAGGACAUAUUAUCUUUUGUGUAUUAAUUAGCAUUCUUAGCCUUUAAAUCCUUAAUUUUUACUGACAACUAAAAAGUAAGCAGUUAACAUUCUUUAGAUUGGCUAAUUUAUGAAUUUAUUUCAUAACAUCUAGAAGCAUAGCAUAAUGUUGACAAUUAUAAUUUUUCAGAAACGUGUUUUUGAAAUAAAGUACAAGACAUUUACUAACAGAUUCACAUUUAUCUUUUAGUUUUUCUUACUAUGAAGCCAAAAGUUUGUAAACUUAGACUCAUCUAGUAAUUAAUGCUUCAGUAUUUUUUGUUAUUUGGUAAUAUUAGACAUUUAAUAAUUUUGACUUACUAAGUAGAUUCAGAAAACCAUUUAAAUACGUAUAGAAUAUAGUUGUUGCUGAUAAUUUAACCAAAAACCUUUUACAUCCCAUUUACAUUUUUAAAUUUUACUUGAUUCUAAAACUAAGUUUAAAUUACUUAUGAAAAUUUUAUCAUUUCAAGUUAU